AUGUUAAGAGUUGAAACGAAAACAUGGACUCGUGAUAGUCAUGAUCUAUUUGAUUAUGAAGCCCAGCAAGUAAAUAAAAAAAGUUUUUUAAUAUCUACGGCAAUAAAACUUUUUCGCUCAAAAGCUCAAGUAUCAUGUGUAGCUGACAGUCCAGAAUGUUUGCCUAAUACAACUCAGGAUUAUCUUUUAUCUGUUAGACCUCAAGAAGAUAAAUACGUUAUAACACCAGCUGAACAUUCAUUAAGCAACCAAUACAAUAUAAAAAAAUUGUGGAUAAUUGUGAAAGAUCUUCCUGAAAAAUAUUAUGCUUUACAUGAAAAUGAUAUUAUAAAAUUAGGACGAUUUCGAUUAAAGGUUAGACAAUUUAUUGAAUCAGUAGACACACUAAAUACUUUGAAAUUAGAUGACUGCCCUUCUAAAAAAUGUGAAAUGAUUUUAGAUUCUUCAAAUAUUCAAUGUCGUAUUUGUUUAAUUGAAGGGAAUCAAGAAAAUGAUCCCUUAAUUUGUCCAUGUGAUUGUAAAGGUUCUAUUAAGUAUGCACAUUUGAUGUGUUUGAGAAAAUGGAUUAAUGGUAGAUUAAACUUAAAUGAUCAACUCUUUUCUGGUUCUGUUUUUAUUAAGGAUAUUUGUUGUGAAUUAUGUAAAUCUAAAUAUCCAAAAAGUAUUAAACAAAAUGAGGAGUUAGUACAAUUAGUAAAGAUACCUAAUUUGAAAACACCAUUAAUUGUUUUAGAUAAUAUUAUUGGACAGACUAGUAAAGGAGUACAUUUAAUAAGUUUUGCCGAUAAGAAAUAUUUAAAAUUAGGAAGAGGACAUGAAUCAGAUGUUCGUAUUCCAGAUGUUUCUAUUUCUAGAUAUCAUGCAACUAUAAAAUAUGAAAAAGGUUUAUUUAAAUUAGAAGAUCAUAAUUCCAAAUUUGGUACCUUAGUAGCACUAAGAAAAGCAAGAGAAAUAUAUCCUAAAGAUACUAUGUCUUUACAGGUAGGUAGAAGUGUAGUUCAGUUUAAAAUGGAUGAAGAAAUUCCAUUUAAAAGUGGAAUUAUUGAUAUUAUUGAAAAUAAAGAAGUUCUUGAUUCUUCUGAAGCACCUACAAAUGAUAAAAGUACAGUAAAUUCUGCACCACCAGUUAAUACAACAAGUAACACUGAUGAAACUAAUAAUAGAAAUAAUUUUGAAAGAAAUCAAUUUAUGGAUAUAACAAAUGCAUCCAAUUCAUUACAAAGCUCUUAUUCUCCAUAUAGAGUUGACAAUUUAAUGUCUUUAUUAAAUUAUCAAAAUGAAUAUCGAAUUUUUGGUAUUAGAAAUUGUUAUAAUUUGAUGGAAAAUCGAAAUAAUCAGCAACUUAUCCCACAAAUGAAUUUUGUACCAGGUUCUAAUAUAGAUAUGAACAAUGAUGAAAUAAAUAAUGAUCAACAUUUAUUACAUCAUCGUGAUUCUCAUAUACAGGCAAAUGCCGAUGAAGUAGCUCAUAAUGAUUGUGAAGAAACUCAACAACCUCGUGAUAUUUCUAACCAGAGUAAUGACGAUAAUGAUGAUGAUGAUGAAGAAGAAGAAAAUCAUGUGAAUGAUCAAAAUGAUGAUGACGAGGAUAAUAAUGAUAAUGACCACAACGAUAAUAACAAUAGUGGUGGUGGUAGUAGCAGUGGAUCCUCUGAUAAUAAUAGUAAUAGUAAUAGAGGAGGUAACAAUAAUAGCCAAUAUUAUGGCAAUAAUAGUAAUAAUAAUAAUAAUAAUAGUAAUAGUAAUAAUAGUAAUAAUAAUAGUAAUAAUAAUAAUAAUAAUAAUAAUUAUAAUAAUAAUUAUAAUAAUAAUUGUAAUGGUCGUACAGAUUAUUCUGAUAUAUCAAGCACACCUAAGAAAAAUACUAUUAAGGAUUAUAAUAAAUUUAAUAAAAUUCAUGUCGGUAAUUUACCCAUCGACAUUUCUAAUAUAUACGAAUCAAAUAAUGGUCCAAAAGAUAUUGUCUCCAAUAGUGAUUUUAUUAAAAAUAGUUCUACACCCUAUUCUAUUAGAAAAAAUAAAUUAUCAUAUAAUAAUGAUUUAUUAAAACAAAAAAAUAAGUGCCACGAUAUGGAUGAGACUGUUGAAAAAAUUUUAUCAAGAAAUGAAAAUAAAUAUGAGAAAGAAUCACUUUCGAACAAUAAUAAAAAUGAAAUAUACACAAAUUACAAUAUGGAUGAAAAUAAUUCAUCUUUUUUCUUUUCGAAUAUGAAAACUCCAUCUGUAAUAGAUUUUUUUAAAUACGAUAAUUCUUCCUCUGUUUCUUAUAACCAGAGUAAAACUAGAAUGGAUGAGCGCUACAAGAAUGGUAAGCUUGUUGAAGAAUAUAAUAACAAUGAUAAAAAAUUAAAAAAAAACUCUUCUUCUUCUUCUAAUAUAUAUCACAAGAAUAAUUAUCACACUAUUAAUAGGAAUAACCAUAUGGACAAUAUUAUAAAAAAAGAUCAACAUUUGAAUAAUAGCAAAUUUGUACAGGAUAAUGAUGAAUAUAAUAUCAAUGAUAAAAUAACAACAAGAUCAUCAUUAAAUUGUAAUAAAAUAAAUAUAUCAAAAGAUAUAUCUUCAUUUAAUAAUUUUUCUUUAGGAACCUCAAAUGUUAGUAAUAUAAAUUUAUAUAAUACUUAUGAAUUAUAUAAUAGUGAUAUAGUACAUUAUAUGUACCCUAAUGAAGAUACAAAAAAUGAUAAUAAUUGUAGUACACCAAGAAAAUAUAUGAGAUAUGAAAAUAAUCGCAUAGAUGAUAUGAAUAAUAAAUUUAAUGAAAUUAAUACACACAAUGUUGAUAAAAAGAUAUUUAAAGAUACUCCAACUAGAAAAUAUUCUUAUACUAAUAUAAAUAAGAUGAAUCAAAAUAAUUAUAUGAAAAAUGAAUAUAAUAAUAAUAAUUUGUCUGGAUCCAUCAACUGUAUAGAGACAAAUUUCACUUAUAAUAAUAUACGUGAAAAAUUUUCAUAUAAUAACAAAAUGAUUAAGGGAAAUACCUUAAAAAAAAAUUACAUGUCCAAUUCAUGUGAUGAAAUAAAUACAUGCAAUAAAAAGAUGAAAAAAAAUUUGACAGAAGAAAUUAAAGAAAACAAGGAUAAUAUUUUAAAUGUAGAAGAACGUUUAGAGAAAAGCAUAAAUAAUAAUAAUAAUAUUGAAAUUGAUUUAAAUGAAAAAACAUCAAGUAAUUCGUAUCAAAAUUUUAAAAGUGCUGUUUUUAAAAAAAGAAUGAUUGGAAGUCCUUAUACAAAUAUUAAUACAUAUAAAAAUGAUAUACCCAAUGAAUCAUUUAAUUUGAAUAUGAAAGAAAAAUCAUAUAAUGAAUUGGAAACUUACCAUAGUUUACCAAAUGUAAACAUAAAUAGUAAUAAUGUAUUAAAUAAGUUUAAUGAUAAUAAAAAGUAUUCUCAUAAUAAUAUUAAUAAUAAUAGAACAUACAAAUUAUAUAAUAAACAUCAAACAGGUAUAAGUACAGACAAAUCUAAUAAAAUAAAUCAGUUAAAUGGAAAGAAGGUUUAUGUAUGUACUUCAAAACGUACAUCUAAUCAAUCGUGUGAUGUUUAUAGAAAGAAUGAAGAUAGUAACCACGAUGAUGAACAUAUAACUUCAUCUGAAUGUAGAAGAAAAUCUAAUGCUCAACAUGUUAUUCCACUAAAUGAAGAAAUAAAAAAUAAUGAUAAAAUAUUUAGUGAUUAUAAUGUAAAAAAUGAUAUGAACGAAAAAUAUAAAAAUGUUAAAAAUAACAAACAUCGCUUAUCCACUUAUGAUAAUUUAUCUCAUAAAAGACGUAUGAAUAAUAUUAAAAUAGAUAAUUGUGAUCAUUAUUCCAAGAAUAAAUGUAAUAAUGGAUCUUUAAAAAAUAAAAAUAUAGAGAAACAUUCUAGUUAUAAUUUUGAAAAUGACUCAAAAGAUCUUACACCUAACCAGGUUGAUAGUAGUUCUUCUCAUUUAGAUAAUUUUGUAAAUGAACAAAAAAAACAAAUGAAGGAUAUACAAAGAACUAUAUCAAUGGUAACUAUACAAGAUGAAGAUAAUAAUAUCUUAAAUAAUUUGCAAGAAGAAAAUAAUAACAAUUUAAACAUAAAUAAUGGCUCCAAAUUAAAGAACAAAAGUACUUGUGAAGAUGAUAAAGGCACUCAAUUAAAAUAUAAAAAUAUAACAUCUACAAAUUAUGAUCAUAAAUAUAACAAUUUAUUUGCUAUGAAAGAUAAUAAUACAAGUAAUCAUAACAUUUAUAUGAACCAACAAAAAAAGAGAUGUACAGCUAAAUAUUAA